GCCGGCGCCCUCCACCUGUGCCGCGGCCGCGUGGCCGCCCUCACUUCGUCCAGGAGAGAGCUGAGCCUCUCUGCUGGGAGCCUGCAGCUGGAGCACAGCAGAGAUCUGGACCACAAAAGGAGAGAUUUCACCUCUUGCGGGAACAAGAAGCUCUACUUUGACACCCAUGCCUUAGUGUGUUUACUGGAAGAAAAUGGGUUCUCCACCCAGCAAGCAGAAAUCACUGUCUCUGCAUUGGUCAAGAUCACGGACGCCAACAUGGAUAUUGUCUACAAGGAUAUGGUCACCAAGAUGCAGCAGGAGAUCACUGUUCAGCAAAUAAUGUCUCAGAUUGCCAGCGUGAAAAAAGAUAUGAUUAUUUUGGAGAAGAGUGAAUUUUCAGCCCUCAGAGCAGAAAAUGAGAAGAUAAACGUGGAACUACAUCGGUUAAAACAACAAAUAAUGGAUGAAGUGGUCAAAGUCCGAACAGAUACCAAGUUAGACUUCAAUCUAGAAAAGAGCAGAGUGAAGGAAUUG